AUGUUAGUACUCUGCUCAACCCCACUGCUCAGAGUCAAAACUACUAAACUCCCUCUAAACACCACCAUCCUUAUAACUUCCUUGCACAAACUGAGGCAGAUCCUAUGCUGCUACCUGUUGAAUGACUCUACCACCUUCAACGAAUUGCUUCUGCCCUAUCCCACACUCCUUAGGGCAGGACAGCGUAAAACAAGAAGGACAUUCCGCUGUAGAGUACCAAACCCUUGGUUCGGCGGAGGUGUAAUGAAGGUUUUUAGUGAGUAUGCCCUUCAGGAGAGCCUCUCACUACCCAGCAGGUGCAGAUUUCGGCUUGAAUCCAAUUCUUCUCAAAUAGGAGGAACUAAGAAAUUUGUUUCCGUUUCAAAUUGGGCAUCCAAGUUGGCCAACAAGGCUAAAAAGCCUAACAAGCGCCUCGGAACUACGGACGGAUCACACGGUAAAAGACACAAGCUACGAAAAAGGACUUUGAACAUUGGUACUUGGAAUGUACAAGGAAUCAGAACUAAAGAAGACGAAAUCACUCGGGAAUUACAAACUUUGAGCAUGGACUUGGUGGUGCUGACGGAAACAAAAAAGAAGGGAACGGGCACAGAGGUGAUAAAUAAUUAUGUACAUGUUUAUAGCGGAGUCCCUAAACAUCAAAGAGCAAAGAGGGGAGUAUCUGUAAUGAUUCACAAGAAGUAUAGAAAUAAAAUAACAGAUUUCGAAUUUUUGAGUGAAAAUAUAAUUCGCAUUAAUAUCAAUAUACAUCAGAGACCAGUAACCAUUCUAGGGAUAUAUGCUAUAUCUGAUGACGAACCUAUCUCAGUGAAGGAGGAGUUUUUUGAGCAAGUCCAUGAAGAAAUUGGAAAAAUAGGGAAAACGAGAGAACUUGUAGUGAUGGGAGAUUUCAACAGUCGAAUUGGCCGAAAAAUCAAUGAUAGUGUGGUUGGACCCUUUGGAGAACUUAAUGUGAAUGACAAUGGAGAACGGUUAAUUGAAAUAUGUAAGAACAAUCAACUAAAGAUAACUAACGGAUUUUAUAAACACAAAGAUAUACAUACAUUUACAUGGGUCAACACACCAGGAACUUGA